AGAAGAAGAGUGUGAGUGAGACAGGGACAUAGUGACGAAUAAAGGAGCGAGAGAGAGAGAGAGAGGAGCAAAAGAGAGACAAAAAGACAGAGGGAGCGCACGCGCGAGCGCGCCGAAGUGCGCGCACCUUUCUCAGUGGAGUGUACGUUCGUAUUUCGUUCGACACGAGUCGCACGUCGUCGACAGCGGAACGACUAGCAGCACACGUUGAAAAGACACACCGUCGCCCUAGGGACAGAGUGAGACAGUGUGAGAACGAGAGACAGGGACAGACAGUGAGAGUAAGAGAGAGCAAGAGAGAGAGAGAGAGAGAGAGAGAGCGGUGUACGCACACACAUACAUACACGCGCGUGUACGUAUACGCACAGUACCCGAUCUCCGCUGCCGUUCUUUUCAUUCGGCCGUCCAGCGCGCCCAACGGAGCGAACUUGGCGGCGGGCGCGCUUGUGUUUACGCUGGAAGAACUGACCGGCCACCACGACGACGAUGUACGCGAAAGGGAAAGGGUCGUCGGUGCCCUCGGACUCGCAAGCAAGAGAAAAGUUGGCUCUUUAUGUAUAUGAAUACUUGCUACAUGUAGGCGCACAGAAAGCAGCACAGACCUUCCUCUCAGAGAUCCGAUGGGAAAAGAAUAUUACACUUGGAGAACCUCCUGGAUUCUUACACUCUUGGUGGUGUGUCUUUUGGGACUUAUAUUGUGCAGCGCCGGAACGAAGAGAUACUUGUGAACAUAGCAGCGAGGCCAAAGCUUUUCAUGAUUAUGGAUUUGUGAACAGUGCUUACAACGUCAAUGGCAUUGCCCACAAUGCUGGACCAGCUCCGUCUCCAAUCGGUCAAAUGGCACCGAAUGAUGGAAUGCCUGGUGGUCCUAUGCCUCCUGCUUUCUUCCCUAACAACUCGACAAUGCGACCAUCUCCGCCCACACACCCCUCAUCACAGCCAUCCCCCCAGCACCCCCAGCCACCCCCGCCCCCACACUCGCAGAUGAUGUCCACUCAGUUUAUGGGCCCCAGAUAUCCGGCAGGACCACGACCUGGAGUACGUAUGCCACAAAUGGCAAAUGACUUUAACGGGCCACCAGGACAGCCAAUGAUGCCAAAUAGUAUGGAUCCUACUAGGCAAGGCGAAGCUGGAGAAUUUGUAGGGUGGCAAGGUCCACCAGGAAUGAAUCCCAUGAAUCCAAGAAUGAAUCCUCCGCGAGGGCCGGGCAUGGGUCCCAUGGGUCCUGGAAGCUAUGGUCCGGGUAUGCGAGGUCCACCACCCAAUAGCACUUUGGGCCCAGGUGGGCCAGGAGGUCCUGGAAUGCCGCCAAUGAGUAUGGCUGCUCCCGGUGGUAGACAACAGUGGCAACCAAACACAUCUACGCCAAUGAAUUAUUCAUCGUCAUCACCGGGUAACUACGGAGGACCGCCUGGAUCAACAGGUCCGCCAGGACCUGGCACACCUAUCAUGCCUAGCCCACAAGAUAGCAGCAAUAGCGGGGGAGAAAAUAUGUAUACCAUGAUGAAGCCUGUACCUGGAGGGAACAUGCCAGGUGACUUUCCAAUGAGUGGCGGACCGGAAGGUGGUCCAAUGGGACCUAUGGGUCCUAAUACGAUGGGCCCAGUUCUAAACGGUGACGGUCUCGACGGGAUGAAAAACAGUCCUGCGAAUGGCGGUCCUGGUACACCACGGGAAGAUAGCGGCAGCGGAAUGGGUGAUUAUAAUUUGAGUGGAUUCGGAGCUCCAGGAGAAAAUUUUUUUUAAAAAAUCAAGUCGCCUUGGAGCCAGCCCCGAGUUCAUAGAUGCCGUAGACUCUACCCGGUUAUACACGUAGUGUGGAAAAGCAUCGUACGCGGACUCGCUGCAUUUCACGUGUUCCACGUGCAUUCUGGCGCAUGUAGUUCGUACAGUUUCAGUACAGCAGACAGUCAAUUCUCUCUCUCGUGGCAAGGUAGAACAAGGAAAAAGAAAAUUUCGAGGCAAUUGUGUCAAACGCGACGUAACACCUGCGACCGUUGUCGAUUGCUCUUGCUCGAUUAGAGUAUUAACACUUAAGCGCUCAUCUAUCGCAUUAAUCUAUGGAACGGCGCAGAUACUUGACGAUACAAUUACGUGCGUCUCACCGCGUAGAUAUACACUAUGUAUAUGCUUUUUCUCUAAAUACUCAGAAAGUUGCAAGACUAGAUGUAUUUGCUCUCGUGACUUUCGGUUUUUUUUUCUCUCUUUUUUUUUUUAUACUAUGACUAUUGUUACACACUUUACUAUAACGGAAGCUACCUAAUCUUUUUAAUUAAGAUUUGUCAGAUUAUUUUCUAUUAUUUAUAUUUAUUUGACAAUUAGCUCGUAAGCAAAGGUGCCUGAAAAAACGAAUCACGGAAGGUUGUUUACGUAAGAAACACGUGCAUGUACACGGAAUACGUACACGCACACACAUUCAUAGACACACACACACACACACACACACACACACACACACACACACACACACACACACACACACACACACACACACACGACACACAAAUAGUAUAUAUUACGUAUAUAACUGUCUCCGCUACUGUGAUUAUACCGAUCGCAUAAUUAAUUAUUAAUCGAUUAUUACGCUCUUGUUUCUUAUCUCAUGUGAACAUACUACUUGUUCUGUAUCGGUGUUUGGCCUAUGGGAUUAUAGUCAUCCCAUUAUAGAGUUAGCGGCGUAAAUUGUACUCUACCUGCGUGGCAGGUAAGAAUUGCCUGAAACCGGGCGUUGAAACCGGGCAUGUAUGGGUACAUUCGCUCCCGCACGGGACAUUCGCGCGUAUCUUUGAAUUCUACGCCGAAGGCAGACGUCUGAUCUUGCGGAUCGCCCCGGCAAAAGUCGCGAAACUGACAAAUCCAAAUUUGAUGGGCGCUUCGCACGGCUCGCGGUACGAUUUAUCGUCGGCUCGAAUCUUUCCGCCGUAACAAACACGAGACUCUGUAA